CUUCCACGUACUGCUCAAACGAUACAUACGACCUGUAGCAGAGAGUCCCAAUCUUGCGACUCUGCGUGCUUCUUCAAUUCCUGCCUACGUACGCAUUUUGUGCCAGUGUUGGCGCCCUCUCUCAACCAUGCUUGGCUAUAGUUGCUUCUUGCUUGCUUUUGUCGCAGCCUCAACAUCAGCACAGAAUAUUCCAGAGGUUCCAGCAAUAGCGACCGCAACCUCGACUGCGAUAUACUAUCCGACCUACAUUCCACCGGCAUCAGUCAUCUUCAAGCGAGACGAUUCAUGCCCAGCCAACACAUUUCGGUGCUCUGAGGAGCUUGGCGAGAGAUUCCGCGACAUUUGUUGUCAAAACGGCCAAACAUGCGCUGUUGACGCCGACGACGAACCGGCCUGUUGCCCAUCUGGGGCUAUAUGUACAGGCACAGCUCCAGCUUCGGCUACCGGCGCAGCAACCGCUUCACCAUCCUUCGUUCCCAAUUCAUAUUUCGCUUUCCCCUAUGCCGCAGCGACCUUCGAGAACGAGGCCUCGUGCACUUCUGCAGUUAGUGCUUGCGGGGAGAACUAUGAUCAAUGCGUCAACUACCUUGGUGACGGAGGUCAAUAUGGUGUCACCAUCGUUGUGCCCGGCGGCGGAGGCACCACCGUUGAGGGCGGUGGACAGGCUUUGGGCUCUUCCUCAGCAACUGCUGUCUGCUCAAGUUUGAGUUCACGUGCUUGUGGCAAUGUUUCCAGUGCUGACUGUUCAGACUAUGGGAACCAUGCGUCGUCUUCUAACAGCCCUGGCUUGUGGGUUGCCAGUCUCAGUGCAGGCAUCACGCUCCUCAGUUUCCUAGUCUAAAUCCAGGAAAACGCCAGUUUGCCAUUGCGGACGGCCAUCACUUGUAGACUAUGAGCUGCAGGCUCAGCUGUAUCCCCGACUGACCGACUUUACAGACUCACGCUUCCCGAAACAACGCAAGUUUAAAGAAUUGCUCUGAGAGGGGGCACUGACGUGGCGGUAACAGUGAUUGACGGCCAAUUGAUGAAUCAUAUAAUGAGCGCCCCAGGCUAAAGUAACUGCGGGCUAUGAAGCGUGCUUAUGUUGUAUAUAGGAUUGCAAUCUGGCUUAUAUUAAACGGUUGGCACUUUUUAUAUAUUUGAACAUCUUCUAUCGUUCUCUCUGUCA